GUCGCUGGGUCAGUGGAGCGAGGAUCCUGAAGUCCUUCAGCCGCCGUGUGUGUCUCCUCUGCCGGGGACAAGAUGCUGUAGCCGUCGCCACGGAACCUGCUGACUGUUGUGGCGUGGCCUUCAAAGGUCAGGGUGAUGCUCCUGGUGGCUCCGCUGUGAUCUGCGUUACUGCGGUUUCCACAGAAACACAACAACAGUGGGUAGAAGGAGGUGAAGUCGCAAAAAGAUGACGUCGCCAUCACCCACUCACAGUGACAGCAGCAGCUCCUCCAAACAGGACAGCAACCAGGACAGCUGGGAGAUUGUGGAGGGGCUCAGAGGGGUUCCUGCCAGCGUGCAGGAGCCCGCCAGGCAGGAGGGUUUCCUGCUCAAGAGGAGGAAGUGGCCCAUGAAGGGAUGGCAUAAGAGAUACUUUGUGUUGGAGAAAGGCAUCUUGAAGUAUGCAAAGCGUGGAACUGAUCUGAAGAAGGGAAAGCUUCAUGGCUGCAUAGAUGUCGGCCUGUCUGUCAUGUCAAUAAAGAAAAAAGCCAUGUGCAUUGACCUGGACACAGAGGAUAACAUCUAUCACCUAAAGGUGAAGUCUCCGGAGCUGUUUGAGGAGUGGGUGUCAAAACUCCGUCAUCACCGCGUGUAUCGGCAGAACGAGAUUGCCAUGUAUCCCCAUGAGAAGCAUCUCUUCCACCCCGGCGCCUCGUCCUCCCCCUCCCUCAGUGACUCUCUGAGAAAAAGAGCUACUCUUACCAAGCAGGCGUCAGUCCACCAGGCUAAGAUCAGCUCUUGGCUCCAUUACUCAGAGGACAUGAAUAGGUGCUGCAAAGACUUGGAGGACUGCGAAUCGUACCUGCUUGAACUCAACCUGCUGCUGAAGAGCAUGGAGGUCAUCCACCGCACAUACUCAGCUCCAGCCAUCAGCGCACUACAAGCAUGUACCUAUGACAUCCCAAAAAAGGAGAAGAGGCCGAGGAGGUGGCGAUCCAAAAACAGUGGCAAAGAAACAAAAGCCACACUACAGAUCCCGAGCUGUAUCUCCUCUAAUUCCCCUCGUCUUCAUGCCUCCAACCCUAAUCUGUCCACCACUGAGUCAAAUACCCAAGAGGCCUGUCCUGAAUCUCCAGACUCUCCUAUAGAUGCGUCCCGUCUCCAAGUGGACUUCUGCAGGCUGGCAAACAACCUCCACACCACACUGAAAUCAGCCUUCAGUACCUUGGUAGCAGAAAAAGACAGACUGAGGCACACCAUCGACAUGCAGCCCCCUCAGCCAGUGCAGGUCAUGGGCUUAAAGUCUGCUUAUACCUCAGAAUGUCCAGGCGGCUCCCACUCCUUGGUCCACCAGGCGUCCAAUGAGAGCAAAGCAUCUAUCCCUGAGUCGAUAUCCGAGUUCUAUGAUGCUCAGGAGUACCUUCUCUCCUCUUCCUCCUCCGAAAAUGAGGCGUCCGACGAUGACUCGUACAUCAGUGAUGUCAGUGACAGUGUCUCCAUGGAUACCUACAGCAACGAGGGAGGCAGUGAGAGACACAAUUCUGUCAGCAGCGUGGUGAACCUGAAUCGCCGGCGCACCAGGUUGCCCUCCCCGUGUUCCGCCAGCAGCGUGAGCCUGUGGAACAUCCUGAGGAACAACAUCGGGAAGGACCUGUCCAAGGUGGCCAUGCCAGUGCAGCUCAACGAGCCGCUCAACACCCUGCAGAGGCUGUGUGAGGAGCUGGAGUACAGCGAGCUGCUGGACACCGCCAACCAGACGCAGGACCCUUACCAACGGAUGGUGUAUGUUGCUACUUUUGCAAUAUCUGCUUAUGCAUCCAGCUUCCAUCGAGCAGGAAGCAAACCCUUUAACCCCGUCCUGGGAGAGACGUACGAGUGUGACAGACCUGAUAAGGGCUUCAGGUUCAUAGCUGAACAGGUGAGUCAUCACCCGCCAGUUUCAGCAUGUCACUGUGCUUCAAGGAACUUCACCUUUUGGCAAGAUGUCCGAUGGAAAAACAAAUUCUGGGGUAAAUCCAUGGAAAUUGUUCCCAUGGGAACCACACAUGUCACACUACCUGCCUUUGGGGACCACUAUGAAUGGAACAAAGUGACGUCCUGCAUCCACAACAUCCUGAGCGGCCAGCGCUGGAUAGAACACUACGGAGAGAUGGCAAUCAAAAAUAUCAACAGUGACGCUUGCCAGUGUAAAGUCACAUUUGUCAAGGCAAGAUCAUGGAGCUCCACAGUGAACGAGAUAGAGGCCGUGGUUACUGACUCAAAUGGAAAAGUAGUACACUCCCUUUUUGGAAAAUGGCACGAGUCUGUGUUUAAAGGAGACCCCCCUUCUGCCACAUGCAUCUGGAGAGCAAACCCCAUGCCCGUGGACCAGGAGCAGUACUAUGGCUUUACCCAGUUUGCAGUGGAGCUGAAUGAGUUGGUCUCCACCCUGAGACCUCUGCUGCCCCCUACAGACACACGCCUCAGGCCGGACCAGAGGCUGCUGGAGGAGGGGAACCCAGAAGCGGCUGAGGAGCAGAAACAGAGGAUAGAGCAGCUCCAGAGAGAGAGGAGGAAAGUGCUGCAGGACAACAACAUGACACACCAGCCGCGCUUUUUCAAGAAGUCUAAGGACGACCUGUGGGUGAGCAGCAACUCGUACUGGGAGCAGCGUAGAGACCCUGGCUUCAGCAAAAUUGACUUUCCUGUGUUGUGGUAACCUCUGGAUACAAUCAAUCGUCUCCACUACAACUUAUCACAGAGAGGGAAGUGUAAAACUGAACUGAAACCUGCCUUCAACUGUCCUGACUUGGUCAACAUGAAUUAAUCCAUGUCAUAGUAACCCAACCUAAGAUGGACUUCCUGCUUCCAGUUUCAGGGCAGAGCAGAGCUUGUAGAACUUGUGUUUCACAUUUCACCUUCCCCUCUUAUCAUCAUGACUGUAAUUUACACAGUGUCUGUUUAGACUAUAUAUUCAUAUCAUUAUCGUCUGUUGCAUCUCAGCAUUUACCAAAGUGCCUUUUAUUGCAGGGCUGCACUCAAAUCAGCUGCUUUAGCAGUUAUGCAAAAACACUUUUAUUUAGAGACUUUAGAUGAUCGCAGUGUACAGUUUGUGGACUUCAGAGGAAAGGAACAGGUUUGUAUUUCAGCUUUGAAUUCUCAUAGAGGGACUUCAGCCUGAUUUCAGAGUGCUGCCUUGUAGAAAUCAGUCUUGACUGUCAGGACUGGGGAUACAGUUUUGUACUGAUGUGACAAAAGCAAUAAUACUUCAUGUUAAAAGUGGAAAAUAAACUGUUCAAUGGACAGCCAA